ACUUCAACCAUGAAGUGCGAUUGUCUUGCUAGAAAAGCUAUUCUCUUCGUCACGAUCAUCAUCGCAAUUACUGUUCUCUAUGGCUUUACGACGAAAUUCUUGGUAACGGCUCCCAACUAUGAUGAUGUGAGCAUUGAUCCCGAAGGAGGAAGUUACUACGAUUAUGGAUCGAAAGUUGCUGCUGCUGUUUGGAAGGGAGCUGGUCAGUGGAUUGGGAUGGCUGAGUCUAGUUCGACUAAUACGACGGCCAGCAAAGAUGUGGUUGUGACAUUGCAGGAGCAGGAGUUGCAGUCGACUUCGACCGCGAGCGAUGAAUUGACUCCGGAACACACUUUGACGGUUACUGCAAACCAAGAGAUUACGUCAAGAAGACGACGACUGAGGUCUCACCGUGUGAGCUUGAGAUGA